AUGACGGCCCUUCCAAAACCAUCCAUCUUCUGGCACCGGGCUCCAGACGCUGAAGGAAAACACCACUUUCGAUGUACAUCUCCUGAGGAAUAUGCAGGCGGCUGGUUCUCUCUAUACCAGGGAGGCAUCCAAGAACCUGUAGCUGAAAAGAAAGCCUCACCCACACAGUCUGAAGUGACCUUCAUAGUCCACAGCUCUGGCUCCAGUGAGCAAUUCCGCUGCAGCUAUCAGGUCUGGGAUGCUGGGAAGACACUUCAUUCCCCACACAGCAACCCUGUAAAUGUCACUGAAGAUCAUUACCCCAAGCCAUUCAUUGCCGUGAGUCCUGGUACUGAGGUCUCUUUGGGGCAGGACUGGACGAUCCGCUGCUGGGCUCCAUUACCUGGAGUGGCCUUUGUCCUCUAUCAAGGCAGGGACUUCAGGAUGGAGGUCAUCCCCCGGGGAGACUCUUACAUUGCUGAAUUCUUCUUGAAGGAUGUCACUGUGGCUGAUACGGGCAGAUACACCUGCUAUUAUCACAGCAUCACAGAACCUUUCAUCUGGUCCAAUGCCAGCAACCCAGUACAACUAACAGUAACAGAUGCAGCUGAAGUUCCUAUUUACCAGGAGGUAUUGGUGGACUCCGCAGGGAGAUAUCGCGUGAAUUGCUCAGCACCUUCCAUGAGUGAAGGCUGGUUCUAUCUUUACCAGAAUGGGAAGCUGUUUGCUCAGACCAGAGCUUGGCAAGAUGGCAGGACCACGAGCUUCAACCUCACUGAAGAGGCCCUCAGUACUACCACAGGAGAGCUGAGUUGCCUGUAUGGGUUAAAUUGGCUCAAUGACACUGAUGCGUGGACACAAGACUCUCGUUCCCGGAGCACUGAUUUCAGCAAGGCCAACAUGUUGCGACUUGGACUUGGGGCUGGCAUCCUUCUAGUGGCUCUGCUUUUCGUAGCUGAUGCAUAUUGGAAUGAGAGACAGCAAAGGGGCUGCGUGCCAAGCGAGGAGAUCCUGGCCCAGGAAGAUCCCAGUGGACUGAUAGAGGCUCUGCUUUGCAAAACCUCCUGCCCUGGUACCUGUGUUUGAAGAAGUGAGAGAAGGAUGGGCCAGAAGCCAGCCAUGGCAGGCCUCUGCCAAUUUAUUCUGGUGUAGUCUUCUCUGAAGGAAGAGCUUGGAAGAUCAUGACUUUAAAGCCACAGAUCUACAAGACUUCAUUGACCAUCUUUUAUGGACCUGCCACCAGACCACUGAUACAUUUAGCUAUAUAUUUAGCUCUAUCUCAUGGUAACACCAGGGCCAGCAACUGGGUUGGGUGGUCCCUAUGGUUGCCAACCUUCAGGUAGGACCUGGACAUUUCCAAGAGUUACAUCUCCAGACUACAGAGAUCAUUUCCUCUGGAGAAAAAUGGCUUGGGAACCUGGGAACUUUUUUGGCCCAGUGGCUUAGAAGUUGGUUCUGGAUCUUGGGAAAGUGGGUUCAAGAUCAGGUUUCAGAAGGUCCAUACAAAACACACUGUGUAGCCUUUGGUAAGCCAAUAUUCCUCUGCCUCAAUUUCCCAUUUGUAAAAUGGUAA